AUGAAGAUUCUGGAAGUUACAGUAGUGUUGGUAGCCCUGGUACAAGUUUCUCAAAGUUUCCCCACCUUGUACUACAGGAGUUGGUUGAGAUUGUUAAGGGAAGGAGAUAGCUGUGGAAAAUGCAAUUUAGAACUUUGCUCCAAGCCUACACACUGUCCAGCCGGGACUGUAUUAGAUCAGUGUGGCUGCUGUCCUGAAUGUGGGAACGUGGAAGGACAGAUCUGUGACUUGGAUAAGGUCAAUCAUUUCUACGGGCAGUGUGGGGAGAACUUGGAGUGCAGGCUGGAUGCCGACGAAACCAAGUUUGGGGAAAUCCCUGAACCACAAUGUGUCUGCAAAUCCCAGGAAAGUGUCUGUGGACCCGAAGGCAAGACCUAUGCGAACAUCUGCCAAUUCAAUGAGGCUUACUCUGAGAAGAGAAGAAAUAUCAACAUGAAGCACAAAGGACCAUGUGAAUCAGCUCCUGUUAUUUCUUUGCCACCUCAGGAUGCUCAGAAUUUCACAGGUAACGACAUCAUCUUUGGCUGUGAGGUGUCCGCCUAUCCUAUGCCACACCUUGAGUGGAAGAAAAAAGGGAAUAAAAUGUUUCUGCCAGGAGAUGAUGCCCACAUCUCAAUCCAGGCAAGAGGUGGGCCUAAGAAGUACGGUGUGACAGGGUGGCUGCAAAUUCAAGGCAUCAAGAAAUCGGACGAAGGCAUCUACAUCUGCCAAACAAAAAACAAAUAUGGCACUGCAUAUGCAUCUGCAAGACUGGAAGUCAUUGAUGGUUCAUCCUCUACAUUUCAGAUUUCUGCUGGCAGCAGAAUCACAAGCUACACUACAGAUUAUGGAGACUAUUAUGACCAUACUGAAGAGGAUGAGGAGGAAGAAUAUGAAUCUGGGGACUAUGAAAAUUGA